AAUAUUUUGGCAACAGCAAGAAGGAGGGUAAAUAUAAACAUUGAGAUUUUGUUUAUGCUUUGUGAAAGUUAUAUGUGGUUUGCAGUACUUGGAAAUGCUUUGAAAAAUUCCAAUGGAAAAUUUGCCAAAGAUUAUUUCUAGUUAUCCUGAAAGCGAUCAUAACACUGAUUUUGAUCAGAUCCAGAACAGUUAUGUUAAUUGCAAUAUUUGUCGAAACUUUAGUAACAUUCUUAAGGUCACUCACCGGAAAUCCAAGGAACACCAGAAGAAAAUGACCGAAAGAUUUCGGUCUAUAAGAAAUCAGAUAAAGGCGCUCAGGCAAAAUUCUAUUAUAGUCCAUGAUGAAGAAUGGAAAAAGAAAAAAGAAUCAUUAUAUUGCUACUUCUGUGAUAAAUCAGUAGCAAGACACAAAAUUAGUGAUGGACUUAUGAUUGAAUCAUUUGGUUACAUGACUCAUCUAGCAAGCUCUGAUCAUUUAAUUGCAGUAAAGAAGUAUUUGAAAUAUCAUGAAAGGAAAGAAAAGUUUGAACUAUUUAUUAAGACAGAAGUUGAACUGAAUAAAUUCUUAGAAAGAAUUCCUGAGGCAAGAGAUACAUAUCUAAAAAAACUAGAUCUGCUCAACAUGAAGGAUAUUCAGUCCAUAAGAGAUGUCGAAGAGCAGAGAAAAAAAUUGGUUGGAGAAACUGUUCAGAAUUCUGUGUCAAGUAAUGGUGCCAGUGCUGUGAUUCCUGUUACACAAUCUCAUUCUACAAAUAACAAUUUGAUGGUGUCUGUAAAUAAACCCGUUGAGCCACUUCCACCCUGGCUUUUAGAUGGGAAAGAACAUAAUCUUUCACAUUUGAAUAUUAGCAUUACUCCGGUGAUUGGUCCUACAAUAGAUACAUUAACAAAACAUGUUACUGCUCAAAAGAAAAAAGGAUUGCCUUCUAAGCGCUUAGGUGUAAAGCAAAAGCCAGGUGAAUAUUCAGCUAAGUGGAUGCCAGAUUUCAGAGGUGUUUGGAAUAAAGGGAAACGCAAAUAUUUUAAGGCAUGCGUGAAAAAAAAAAUUCUAAAUGGGUCUUAAGAAGAAGAUCAAUGCCUCAAUCUCUGUAUAUACCAAGUCUUAUACUCUGUUAAUUUUUUCUCUCUUAAAUCUCAACUUUCAUCCAUAUUUUUGUACUCUCAUUACUUAUCAAUAAAUUUGGCUGUUACUUCA